CGUAGGUUGGUUCGGCAGCCAUGCCCCCCACCUCCCGGCGGCGACGAUCCGCGCGGCGCCGCGUGUCGCCGGGAAUCCGCAGUCGUGGCCGGCAACCGCUCGCAAAAGCCAAAAGAACACCAGAAAAAAAAAAACACCACAACCAACGGAACAGUAGUAGCACGGGCACACCAGUCACAGAGCAGAAACAUGGCGACGAGAGCAGCGGGACAGACCGGCGGCGGAGAGGCGGCGGGGGAGUACUGGAGCGAGGCGCUCAAGUCGUUCCUCGACCACAUCCCCGUCUCCUCCGUCUCCGGCGCGCUCCAACCCUCUCCUUCCCCAGCGCUGGAGAUCAAGCUUGAUGGCUCCGUGCCGGACGCCAUUGACUCCAUGUACCACAGCAAUGUCGCCGGCGCGGUGAUCGUCGACGAUGUCCGGACAAGUUUCGGCAAGUUCGUCGAUCGCGACAUAGGUUUCCUCGAGUUCCCAAGCCUCCUCCUGUGGGCGCUUGAGGAACUUGACAACAUGGAAAAUGGGCCUGGAGACAAAAAUUCCGACUUGUUGUCAUGUCUAAAACAACAUCCUCGGAUUGCAGAAACAAAGAUUGCUUGGUUAUCAAAGUUGUUCCUAUGGGAACCAUUCUUCCCUGUUCGAUCCCAUGAUACACUCUUCCAUGCAAUGCUUCUCUUCUCGAAGCACCGCAGGAUCAAUGUGGUUCCUGUUGUUGAGUCGAUGAACUCGAGUGUUACCAGAUUUGUUACACAGAAUGCAGUAAUGGAAUUGCUUCUCACUUCAAGUGGUCUUGAGUGGCUCGAUAAAAUUGCAGAUAAACAACUUUCUGAAUUUAGGUUCUAUGCGAGUAAGCCAAUUUCAGUCUACUCAGAUCAGACUUUGGCUGAUGCGCUGCAUAUUCUUUCGAAGGAAAAAAUAGGAAUUGCAGUUAUUGACAGGAAAACCAGGUGUCUGAUUGGAUCGAUACUAUGCAGCGAACUUUAUCGGCUUCUUGACGAUAACUCCCUAUUUAGGAACAGAAAGACAUUGAUUGCUGAAGAAUUCAUGAAACUGAAGAGAAAGGUUGAGGACAAUAGCACAGAAAACUCACCAGCUGCUGAUGUCCAAAGUGUGCUCAGCCUCAGACCAGGGCAAAGUAAAACAACAGAUCGGCCGGUUACCAACCGCAAGUCUGAUACCCUGAAGCAGGCAAUGGAGAAGCUGACAGCUUCGAGAAGCAGCUGCAGCUUCAUCGUCGACGAGCACGGGCGAGUCGAAGGAGUAGUCACGGCAAGAGACAUCAUCUCCGUCUUCUCCCCGCCAUGCAUGGACUCGAGAAUCGAUGGGGGCACCUUCUUCUCGGCUGCACUUGAGCAGACCGGCUGCCGCGUUGAGCAGGGACAGAUGAUUCAGAAUUCAUAAUUUCUGGAUCGUUAUCUAAAUAAAAUUCUAGCUUGUUCCUUGCCUGGAGAGAUUUGAACUUGUAAUGGUUUGAUAAUUAUGUUGAAAACCACGUAAAUAUCCAGCAGUAAUAAUGAAGGGAGGCAUAAAAUCCUGCAGCUGACAAGGACAUGUUUUCACAGGUUUUCUAAUGUUUGUCUCACUGCGAAGGUCGGUUGCGUUCGUUCAGCCACUGCAGUGCAGAUUUUCCCCCCGCUUUUGC